GAUUUACAACAGGACAGAACAAUGGAGGACGUUGUGCGAAGGAAACGUGGAAGACCGGCGACAGUGACGGAAAGCGAGAAGAGAAGGCGCUGUGUUGCGAAGGAGAGGAAACGCAGGACCAAAUUAAUAAAUAUCGGUGAUGAGCGGAGACGGUGGGAGGAUCUGAGGGUGAAAUUCGGCUUUGAAACACACGAAAGAUUUAUCCGCUAUCUGUUAGACAGCUUUUCAAACCUAAUGUGCUUGCCAGCUGCAGCAAGAGCAGAUUGGACAUCAACGGAUGAAGCUUCAGGGAGUCACGACAGAAAAAUCAAACAAGAGGAUGCAGCUUCAGCGCCAGUGGAGAUCGAGUUGGUGUUAACAAAAAGCAUGACGAAUAAGCCAGUGGCAGGUUCACGAGAUGAUGUCAGCUGGAACAGAACAGAUGUGCAAAGGAAGCCAUUCAGUGCAGAUACACUGAUAAAUUUAUCUGGAACCAGAUAUGUAUCCUUGACCAAGGAGACAUUUGAGCGUCUGAUGUUCUGCUGUCUGGAGUGCUCCAGUGAGUGUCGGAUCCGAGGGAAAGGCAGAGGUGAGAAUCUCACUUUCAGACAAGAGUGCCUGAUCUGCUGUAACUACAGAGUGUGGACCUCUCAGGCAGCCGAUAUAUCAAACGACAAGGUGACUGAGUGUUCACCAUGUAGUGAUGCUCAUGGACCGUCAUCUGAUGACAUACCUGUGACUGUUGACCAGGAACACACAAGUGAUGAGUCUCCAAGGCCGACGUGUGAGGACAAUGCUCAGGCUGCUGCUGAUUCCAUCUCGGUGAGAGAGAAACAUGAUGAGAAUGUGAAGGAGGAGGAGCUGAGUCUCCUGAUGGAAAUACACGAGGACAGUGCUGAGGAAGAGGGUACAAACCUUGCACUGAUAAGUGAUGAAACCACUAACCCAGUUUACCCUGAAUCUUCUGGCACCCUGAUGGCUGAUGAGGAACUGUUUAUUGAAGAGCUUUCUGAGCACGAAAGUGACCACUCCUCUCAAAAUGCACAAGAUGAUACAGAUGAAGAGUACCUGCCGAACUCCUCGGAGGAAGAGCUGUUUACUGAUGAGAACCGUAGCGAAAAGCUCACUAAGAAAAUGAGCAGCAAGUCCUCUAAAAAGAGACAGCAAGAGGAUUCAGAUGAGUACAUGCCGAGCUCCUUAGAUGAGGCUUUGCAGAGUUGUGGUGAGGAAAUUCCUAACAAGGGGAUUCCCAAGAGACGAUUUCAGAACACUGUUAAACCAGUAAUUUGGUGUAUAGACUGUGAAGCUGUAGCUAAAACGUUUUGUACAUUUCAGCGGCACAAGAAGAACUAUUGCUGUGCAGAGUGCGUCUCUGGCGAUGCUGUCGAGAACCUCAGUUUAAAGGACUUCUCCGUUCAUUUUAGUGACAUCCAGAGUUUUCAUCUGCAUGCCAUUGCCGAGCAUUGCGGCAGGGAAAAGCUUUUCGAACACAAGAUCUGUCAGGACUGUAACAAAACGAUCAAGGUGGAGACAGAUCCCAACAAGAAGGGCCAUGUGUGCGAAUACAAGGUCAAACCGUUUUCCUGUAAUGUGUGUCACAAACGCUUCAUCACCAAAAUCGGACAAAAAUUGCAUUACUAUCGCUUGCACACGGCUCACCAAUACACCUGCAAGUACUGCAUGAUGGUGUUUGAUACAAAACAGUCCAAGCUAGAGCAUGAGCAGAGUCACACAGAAGACACACUUUGCUACCUAUGCCCAGACUGUCCAGAAAAAUUCAAAGACUUUUUUACGCGCAACGAGCAUUUAAAGACUCACAGAAGUAAAAAGAAACACACCUGCAGCAUGUGCAAUAGGAAAUUUGCCUUAUUUCAGGGAUACGAGAGACACUUGCGCAUCCACUCAGGAGAGAAGCCUUUCAAGUGUGAGGUGUGUGACCGUUCUUUCAACCAGGAUGGGCAUUUGAAAUCCCACAUGCGUCUCCACACUGGGGAGAAACCCUUCCUGUGUGAGCAUUGUGGAGAGUCUUUUAAUCACAACAUCAGCCUGAGGAACCACCAGCAGAGGCACCAUGGCAUCACUGACUCUAGCUGUGUGCCAGCAGAGGAGAACAAACCAAUCGGGAGACCCAUAAGGAAUGAAGAUCAGCCUAGGAGGCAAAGAAAAAUGUGCUCUACUACUGCUGAUGCGGAGCUGGAGAGUUGCGAGUCUGACUCUGAUGAAGAGCAGCAGAAACGAGGUCGGAAGAGGAAAGGCAGGAGGAAAAAGUAAAGUACAAACCAGACUGUUGACUUGGAGCCGAGCUUUGUAUAGCUACGAAGUGAAAAAUGUUCUUUUCCACAAGCACUAUCUGUUCAUUGAGAGGAGAUGCAAGAAAUCGUAUGGUGUCCGAGACCACAUGACUUUUAUAGUUGCUUAUACGCUCGAGCAGAAACCACCAGCAUUACUUGAAAGUAAGCCGCUAGUAAGUAAAAGUUUGCUUACAGUGUUUCCCCUACAGGUCAGUAUUCAUUUUAAUAUGUAUGGUUGGUUUUCAGUCUCACUAAAAGCGCCUCACGUUCUUACCCUGAUAUUCUGACUGAUAAACAGCAUAAAAAGUCAAGGAUUUAUUUUAUAUCUUAGAUAAUGAAGCUGGCUGCAACUGCUGUACAGAAUAAUGCUGCUGUGUAACAGAUAUUACCCAGUCCAUAAGAAGUGCACAUUCUUAUCAGUCCAAAGAGAAUUAUAAAACCGAACUUCUGAAAUAAACAGUUUUGAAAAUGUACGUUUCAUUUAUCCUCAUGCAGUAGUUUUUGUCUCGCCUGCGUAGCAGUUUUGCAAGACAUGGCGGUCACUUUUCCGGACGUCCAUCUGCAUGUAAAAACUUCGACAUUUUCAAAUAUCUCCAAAAGUAAAGGUGAUCCUGUGCCCAUACUGCAUCUGCAUAUUUGCCAUUUGUGGAGGGCUUCUACCCUAGGGGUGAAUUUUUAAAUUUCGACCUUUGACGAAACUUUUGACAUUUUUUCAAAUAUCUCCAAAAGUUAUGAUCUGUAUGUAAUGAAGACCACAUUUUAACAUCCACCCUAAAGAGGCCUUCUCCCCCAGGUUUUUUUUUUUAAAUGUGAACGUUGAUCUUUUGUCUUAUUGCAAUGUGAAAUUGUUUGCUUGCUUCUGAGCAGGUGAGACUUCUGGUUUUAAAUAGGCAUUACAAGUUAGUUGUGUGUUUUCUAUAUUCGUAGUUAGGAGCAGGAAAUGUCAACGGACCUGGAAAAAUGGAGGGGGAAAAAGCUGCUGUGGCAUUGUUUGUGCAUGUUACGGGGAAGGGUUCGAGGUUUGUUAGUUGGGGAUACAGAAGAUGCCAUAGAGAAGAAGCCACAUUCAAGGGAUAUCAGUUUUAUUGUGAUUUAUUACUUUCCCUGUGUCUGAAAUCGCUCACUUGUUCACUACUCAUUAUAUAGGGAAUUACUAGAUAGAGGACUAUAUAGUGAGCUCAUUGGUAAAAUGAAAAAAAAAAAUGUUUUCGGACACUAGUCCAUCGCGAUGAUAUUUACGUCAUUACUGUCGCACAAUUAAAACAUGCCAGAUCGGGCGGCUGGUGGGUUUUCACAAUGAUAAAUACAUACAGUGCUCAGCGUAAAUGAGUC